UAACCCAUGAAACUCAACUCACAAAUAACCCUUCAUUUAACUGUUUGUUUCUUUCAAUACUAGUUUUUAAUUCAAUUCUUCAAUGGCUGCUUCAACAAUGGCUCUGUCUUCACCAUCUUUUGCCGGGAAGGCAGUCAAACCUUCCCCAUCCGCCCCGGAGCUUCUCGGAGGUGGAAGGAUCACCAUGAGGAAGACCGUCCCCAAGGCAUCCGGAAGCCCAUGGUACGGCCCAAACCGAGUCUUGUACUUGGGCCCACUCUCCGGUGAGCCUCCAUCCUACCUCACUGGUGAAUUCCCUGGUGACUAUGGUUGGGACACUGCUGGCCUUUCCGCUGAUCCAGAGACCUUUGCCAAGAACCGUGAGCUCGAAGUGAUCCACUGCAGAUGGGCCAUGCUAGGAGCUCUCGGGUGUGUAUUCCCCGAACUCUUGGCCCGUAAUGGUGUCAAGUUCGGUGAGGCCGUAUGGUUCAAGGCCGGAGCCCAAAUCUUCAGUGAGGGUGGACUUGACUACUUGGGCAACCCCAGCUUGAUCCAUGCCCAAAGUAUUUUGGCCAUCUGGGCCUCACAAGUCAUCUUGAUGGGUGCUGUUGAGGGCUACCGUAUUGCCGGUGGGCCGCUAGGAGAAGUGACUGAUCCAAUCUACCCCGGUGGAAGCUUCGACCCAUUAGGCCUUGCUGAUGAUCCAGAAGCUUUUGCUGAACUUAAAGUGAAAGAGAUCAAGAAUGGCAGACUAGCCAUGUUUUCUAUGUUUGGAUUCUUUGUUCAGGCCAUUGUUACCGGAAAGGGACCACUGGAGAACCUCGCCGACCACCUUGCUGACCCUGUAAACAACAAUGCAUGGGCCUAUGCCACAAACUUUGUCCCCGGAAAGAUACCCUACAAUACUUCUCAUUUUAAUCCUUCAAUGGCUGCUUCAACAAUGGCUCUAUCUUCACCAUCUUUUGCCGGGAAGGCAGUCAAACUUUCCCCAUCCGCCUCGGAGCUUCUCGGAGGUGGAAGGAUCGCCAUGAGGAAGACCGUCCCCAAGGUAUCCGGAAGUCCAUGGUACGGCCCAAACCGAGUCUUGUACUUGGGCCCACUCUCCGGUGAGCCUCCAUCCUACCUCACUGGUGAAUUUCCUGGUGACUAUGGUUGGGACACUGCUGGCCUUUCCGCUGACCCGGAGACUUUUGCCAAGAACCGUGAACUCGAGGUGAUCCACUGCAGAUGGGCCAUGCUAGGAGCUCUCGGGUGUGUUUUCCCCGAGCUCUUGGCCCGUAAUGGCGUCAAGUUCGGUGAGGCCGUAUGGUUCAAGGCCGGAGCUCAAAUCUUCAGUGAGGGUGGACUUGACUACUUGGGCAACCCCAGCUUGAUCCAUGCCCAAAGUAUUUUGGCCAUCUGGGCCUCACAAGUCAUCUUGAUGGGUGCUGUUGAGGGCUACCGUAUUGCCGGUGGGCCGCUAGGGGAGGUGACCGACCCAAUCUACCCAGGUGGAAGCUUCGACCCAUUGGGCCUUGCUGAUGAUCCAGAAGCUUUUGCUGAGCUUAAAGUGAAAGAGAUCAAGAAUGGCAGACUAGCCAUGUUUUCUAUGUUCGGAUUCUUUGUUCAGGCCAUUGUGACCGGAAAGGGACCAUUGGAGAACCUCGCCGACCACCUUGCUGACCCUGUAAACAACAAUGCGUGGGCUUAUGCCACAAACUUUGUCCCCGGAAAGUAAGAGAAAAAGAAGAAGUCUUAGAAUUGUGGGCUCAUGAAGUGGGGAAUUAAUUUAAUUGAAGAAUAUAUAUGAAUAUGAGAAUAGUGUGUCAUGUAAAUUGUUGUGGAUGAAAGCUAAAUUCUGAAUUUUAUGCAAAUACUUUCUGAGUGAAUGUUCUUAA